AUGCUCUCUGACGAGCAGUCACAGAAACACAUCACUACUGGUUCUGGUGACCUCAAUGACAUACUUGGUGGCGGGAUUCACUGCAAAGAAGUUACUGAGAUCGGUGGUGUCCCAGGGGUUGGUAAAACUCAACUGGGGAUUCAACUAGCAAUAAAUGUACAAAUCCCAGUGGAAUAUGGUGGCCUUGGUGGGAAAGCAGUUUAUAUCGAUACAGAGGGCAGUUUCAUGGUUGAACGUGUCUACCAGAUUGCUGAAGGGUGUAUCAGGGACAUACUGGAGCACUUUCCACACAACCAUGAGAAGUCCUCUUCUGGCAAAAAACAAUUACAGCCUGAGCAUUUCCUGGCGGACAUCUAUUACUUCCGAAUAUGCAGUUACACCGAACAAAUUGCAGUCAUAAACUACCUGGAAAAGUUCCUCGGAGAGCAUAAAGAUGUGCGUAUUGUUAUUAUUGAUAGUGUUACUUUCCACUUUCGACAAGAUUUUGAAGAUCUAGCAUUGAGGACCAGAGUGCUAAGUGGAUUAUCAUUGAAGUUAAUGAAGAUUGCAAAGACAUAUAACUUGGCAGUUGUCUUGUUGAACCAAGUCACUACUAAAUUUACUGAAGGGUCAUUUCAAUUGACUCUUGCUCUAGGUGACAGCUGGUCCCACUCAUGCACGAACCGGCUGAUUCUGUACUGGAACGGGAACGAACGAUACGCACACCUUGAUAAGUCUCCUUCACUUCCAGUAGCCUCAGCACCGUAUGCAGUGACAGACAAAGGGAUUAGAGAUGCUUUCCCUAUUUUUCAUUGCUUUACGAUUUGUGGGCAUAUCAAGAUUGUUCCUCGCCUGCGCAUGGAAGCCACUGCAGAAUCCAUGGAAUGCUGUUUGCUAUCAACAUGA